UACAGUGUAUAUCCGGGUCGUCGAAUUGUCUCAUCAUCGGAAUCGCCCGAAGUUUUGGAUUCUUCUGUCGUCAGUUUCUUUGCUCUUAUUUCUGGGAUACUCUCAAGUAUAAAAUCUUCCGUUGCAGAUUUGAGAAUUGACAUUUUACCUGAGGUGAACUCUUGACGUCAUGGCUGCCUAUAGGCUGCUGCUCACUGUUCUCUGCUUCUCUGCCGUACUGUGCUUGGUACAUGCAAAUUGGAAGGCUAAGCAUACUCAGAAGAUAAUAACCCCAUUGAGCUGUGGAUUUUCUGUUAAUAAUGUGACAAGCUCUCCGUGUGACACAAACCUUCAGCAGGUCUUUAAGCUGCUUGAUGUGGACAGCGACAGGAUUCUUAUUGGAAGCACAGAAUGUCUGUAUGUUCUUGAUCGUAAUCUGGUAUACGGCAAUUCAUUCCAGAUUCCUCUGACUAAUAAUCCAAUGAAUGAUCUCCAAAAUUGUGAAUCUACUUUUUCUCAAGAGAAGGACUUCCGAUGCAAGAACUACAUCACAUACGCGCAUAAAGUGAACUCGAAAAUCCGUGUGUGUGGGACCUACGGCUCUUUGAAUCCUCGCUGUUGGACUUGUCAAUAUGAUGGCACAAGUUGCAAUGAUGAUCACAAAACCAAAUUCAUGCCGAGGACUCCAACACAGAACUUCACAGUCACUGUCACUAAAACAACGGAUGGUUCUCAAGGUUACUACUACCUUGGAGGAUUAGAGUCAUACACAAGUCCUGACAAAAUUCUAGCUAAAGUCGAGGUUAACCUCGUAAGUGAUGUCUCCUCAGCUGAGCUGGAAACGGACAACAACAAAGAAAACAUUUUAAAGGAACCAACAAACUUUGUAGGAUCAAUGGAACGCGGGGAAUUUAUCUAUUUCUUCUUCCGAGAAAGAGCCAUAGAGUAUGAGAACAUUGGGCAGAUCAUAUAUUCCCGGGUCGCUAGAGUUUGCAAGAAUGAUGCAGGAGGAACAACAAAUCCCUUCAAUGGUGAAUUCACUACAUUUCUUAAAACACGCUUGAUGUGUUCUGUUGGUGCUGAUUUCCCCUUUAUCUUCAAUGAAAUCCAGGAUGUGGUCCAAUCUCCUAGUGAUACAAAUAUAAUCUAUGGAUUGUUCACUACCCCCAGUGCUGGGUCAUCUUCUACUGCGAUCUGUCUGUACAACAUGGACGAAAUUGAUGUCUUGUUCAACCAAGACAAUCGCAGAGGUCAGGUAUCCCCAACAACGCUGUGGCAGAGUAUGCCUAAACCUGCUGAGGAUAAAUGGGACCGUAGGAAUUGCUCAGCACCAUUCGAUGUUGGAGGAUAUAACUAUCUGGAGGAUUAUACUUUGCUGAACACCAACGCACCGAAUUGCGGACUGGGAGAAACGUGCAAUGAUUACAGCCGCACAACCAAUGAAGCCCUAGCUGUGUUUGAGGGCAUCCGUGGCCAACAGCUGACAGUGUUCAGUGAACUAUCCAACUCCGUCCUAGUCUACGUCGGCACCAAUAAUAAUACAAUCUAUGGAGCAAACAUCAGUGCGUCUGAGGUCUUGAUCACAAGGCAGAUGGAAAUCAAGGCUGACAUAGAUUCGGUUACCGCAACACAGAUAGCAAACAAGUGGCCGUUUGGAGUCAGUUAUCUUGAGGCAAACGACGGGGUUAUCUAUGGAACUCUGGACAAUUGUGCUUUUCGAUUUAAUCCCGAUAUCAGAGAAGAUUUGAAGAUCCUUGAUCGAUCACCAAAUGUGGACAAUUUCACCUUCCCUACCAUGGUUAGUGAUGCCAAAAUCCAAAUCUUCAAACUCUUCGAAGGACCCGAUGGCUCUGAUAUAAAUGCAACCUUCUCGGGGGGAUUGGAGAAUCACGAUUGCAGUCAGCAAGUCCUGAAGUCCACCGGGGCAGGAAAGAGGGAAUUCCUACAUGUCCUUUGUGAGAUAGAGGCCCUCAGCAAGAAUAUUGAUGGCAUUAUCACCGUUUCCAGCCCCAUGGAAAGCAUCAGUGACCUCAAGGUUACUGUAAUCGUUGUUAAAGACGAUUCAGGAGUAGCAGAAGUGGACCCUGAGGAAGUUAACAAGUAUGACAAAGAUAUGGCUGAGUAUAGAUACAGUUUCCGCCAGUGGCUAGGUAAUCAUGUGAAUUGCCCUGAUGGAAUUAAGGAUACCUGCCCAGCUGCCAGUUCUCCAGGGUGUUUGUAAGCACUGUGUUGCAGAGGCGUCAAAAUAUUCUGUGGCGAGUUUACAAGUCAACUCAUUACAAAUCACUCUUGCAGUGAAAUGUGAAUGAAAAGUGGUUCUUCAAAUACUUAAUUCUUUGUAUGCAUCUUGGUAUACUAGUGCUGUAUUAAUCUUUCUUUUUUUAAAACCUGAUACUAAAAGGUUUAGUAUGCAAAGUGCUGGGGCAAUUGUCCUGCUUUCCGACACUUGAUCUUGAUGAUAGAACCCUGGUGUACAUGCAUUCCCAUGUACAGUUACCAACUAAAUUAUUCAUGCUCUUUUUUGAUACCAAGUUAUGUAAAAAUUUUAUUGUGAAUUAUUGAUUUGUCCCAAUUUAUGUUUCUUGAGAAUAUGACAUGUAAAGUUUACAUCUAAGAGUAAUCAAGAAAGGCUCUUAUUCAACCAGUCUACCUUUCAUUCUUGAGUUACGAAAAACACAAAAAAUAUCAAUUUUACCAGAAGUACCGGUAUGAAUAUUUAGUCGUUAGCUGUACAAGUAAUACAGGUAAAUGCCUAGGGUGGAGUGUCCUAACAUUUUGCCAUUUGAUAUUAGGGUCUGAAUGUCUGAAUUGGUUCUUCUUAUCAUGCUAUCUCCAGAAGAAAAGUUGUUUUUUCUUACAUUCAUCAUAAUCAUUGGCAUAAUCAUUAUUAAAUACAAUUAGAAGUUCUCUCAUUUAGAAAUCACCUGUUAAAGAUAAACUUGAGUUCUGGUAAAUAAAUAAAAUAAAUUCUUACAGAAUCCAAUGAAAAUUACACUGAAUGUUCAAAAUUACAUGUGC